UCCCGACAAACUCAGAAGUCAUGUUGGGUAGCGUCGUGUUCCUGGCUUGUCUAAGUCUGGCCACAGCUUUCAUCCGGUACCAGGACGCCAUCCCUAACGGUGACCUGGUGCCCCACCCUUGUUUGAUUGGCUACUGGCCGGGGGUGGGGCACUACCUGGCUGAGGGGUCAGGAGCGAGGAACGAAUUCGGCACUGACUUUGCUGCCGCUGGUCACGUGUGGACCCCCGCCCUGUGUCACCUUGACUCAGACAGGGACGGGCGCACCAACGGUGAGGAGCUCGGUGACCCCCAGUGCAGGUGGACGCCCGAGCACCCUGGUAACACAGUGGCGCCCCAAACACAUCCAGGAAUCUGUGAACCAAUCGGAAGUCCCCGCUGCGCGUGGCAAGCCUUUGCAUGUGCUGGCCCAUUAUAAGCCACAAGUGGAAUCUUGUUAGCGUGGAAAUUCUUUUUUUUAGCGUGGAACUUCUUUUUAGCGAGGAGCUUCUUUUUUAGAGUGGAACUUCUUUUUAGCGUGGAUGUGUGUUAGCGUGGAGUCUGUUUAGCGUACAUGUGUGUUAGCGUAGAACUUCUUAUUUUAGCGUGGAUGUGUGUAAGCGUGGAAUUUGUUAGG